GCCAGAGCGGCGGACGGUGCUAUCUGGCGAGCCUGAAGGUCGGCUGUACUGGCAGGUCUGGAGGUUCACAGGAGUAGGCCAGCUCCGAUGGCCGCUGGUGCGGCGGUGCUGGCGCCAGCUGACCGGCCGGCCGUCGCUGUGGCGGUGAGCCACCGCUGCCCGCCGCCUCUCGCCACUGCCCCAGGCCGCUGAGCCUCAGAGCGGCGCACCAUACCAGCACUAUCUGGGCCUCAGAGCAGCGCACCACACCAUCGCUGUCUGGGCCUCAGAGCGGCGCACCACACCAUCGCUGUCUGGGCCUCAGAGCGGCGCUCCACACCAGCGCUAUCUGGGCCUCAGAGCGACACACCACACCAUCGUUGUCUGGGCCUCAGAGCGGCGCUCCACACCGGCGCUGUCUGGGCCUAAGAGCGGCGCACCACACCAGCGCUGUCUGGGCCUAAGAGCGGCUCACCACACCAGCGCUGUCUGGGCCUCAGAGCGGCGCACCAAACAAGCGCUGUCUGGGCCUCAGAGCGGUGCACUACACCAGCGCUGUCUGGGCCUCAGAGCGGCGCACCACACCAUCGUUGUCUGGGCCUCAGAGCGGCGCACCAAACAAGCGCUGUCUGGGCCUCAGAGCGGUGCACUACACCAGCGCUGUCUGGGCCUCAGAGCGGCGCACUACACCAGCGCUGUCUGGGCCUCAGAGCGGCGCACCACACCAGCGCUGUCUGAGCGGCGCUCAGACAUGUGGCCAGCCGGUGGAGAGCAGCCGUCCCUGGUCCCAGUCGGCGCCUGCUCGCCUCUUCUGCCGGUCAGCGCUGCACACUCAGUACCAACGAAUCAACGGGAUACUCGAACGCAUGCAAAGCUGAAGUAUCCAGAGACGUGGGCUGAGCCCGUGCGUCCCUGCUGAGCGGAGGCGCAAGCACCAGAGCCGGCCGGGCCGGUCCUCUUCGCUGUAGGUGGACGAUGCCCGAGCGCAGUGACGACUAUCGGGUGGUGGUGUUCGGAGCCGGCGCCGUCGGCAAGUCCUCCCUGGUGCUCCGCUUCGUCAGGGGUACAUUCCAGGACAGCUACGUACCCACCAUCGAGGACACGUACCGCCAGGUGAUCAGCUGUAAUAAGAACAUCUGCACGCUGCAAAUAACCGACACGACCGGAAGCCACCAGUUUCCGGCCAUGCAGCGGCUCUCCAUCUCCAAGGGCCACGCUUUUAUCCUGGUGUACUCCAUAACGUCCCGCCAGAGUUUGGACGAGAUCAGCUCGAUCUUCAACGUCAUCAGCGAAGUGAAGGGGGAUCUGCAAGACAUUCCCAUCGUUCUGGUGGGCAACAAGUGUGACGAGAACGACAAACGGGAGGUGUCGCAAGCUGAGGGAGAGGCACAGGCGAAGGCGUGCCGCUGCGCUUUCCUCGAGACAUCGGCGAAGAACAACGUCAACGUAAGCCAGUUGUUCCAGGAGCUGCUGAGUCUGGACAAGAGUCGGACGAUGACGGUGCACCUGGAUCCGCGGGGUCGCUCUGCCAUGGGAUCCCUGAGGCUUAAGGAGAAGUGUCAGAUGAUGUAGCGCCAGCGCCGCCGCAGUCCGGUCACCUGACCCGCACUGUACAAAGACAGCUCUCUCGGCACCCUCUCUCGACUGUGCUCUGCCACGCUGGGCGGCGUUGAGAGCUGCACUUCUCUGAGCACGGUCAGCCCCCCCCCCCCCCCGACGGGCUGUUGGUGCGCCGGGAAGCUGAAGCGGAGCAGCGUAUCAGCGUCACCAAACCCAUCUCCGCCAGGAUCACUUAUACCACCGUGUCCGCGGCGUCUCAACGUGGAGCAUACAUAUACCGCCCUCUGUAUUCUCACCCGCGGCGCCUCUGCCGCGGUGCGGCCCGUCAGCUGGUCAGCCCGUCCGUCAGCUGUCUUUGGCUCGACCCGUCAGCUGAUCAGCCUGUCCGUCAGCUGUCUUUGGCUCGGCCCGUCAGCUGAUCGGCCUGCCCGUCCGCUGAACAGUCCGUCAACUGAUCAGCCAGUGUCUCCUGGCCGCGGAUGGGUCUAAUGCUGGCGUUAGAGAGCAAAGCAAUAGCUGAGGCGGUGUUCUCAAACACACGAUACUACCACAGCACUUCCAAGCUCAGCAUUGAACCUGCUAGCGAUACUGACUAGCCAGCCAUAACGUCUAUGACAUGAGACGGCUGGGGAAAAUGUACCGCGUAACAGAGCAUAAAGCGGAAGAGGCGAAUGCGUGGGUGGGGGUGGAGGGGAGGGGGCGAGGGCAGCUUGCAGAAGCUAGUCCAGAGCUGGUCUCCAGGGGUGCGCCCAUGGACACGGCAGUGCGUCCCGGCUCUUGUUGGUGCACUGGCGGAGGGAGUAGUCUGUCUCGUCCCGUGUCGUCCACUGUGGUUUCUCAUGCCCAGCGCCGCCGGCUGUGUUAGGACGGUGCCAUGGCGUCGCCGCUGGCGGACGUUUUGCCAGCAGUCAUGCUGAGAUGGCAGCGAAGUGAAUCCGCGAGAUGUCCUCAUCGGUGGUGUGUAUUACACGUGGAUAUAUUCUUCACUCUGCUUGCGAUUCGAUUUGCUUCACUGCAGUCGGGCACAAGACAUUCCGUGCGUGCCAUUAAGCCAGCUCGUACCAUAUGCCUAAACCUCCGACUGGGACGGCUGUUGAAGUCGAUGUGCAAGGUAUUGAGGAGCAUUUCCAUUCUAAGAAUCAGCUGAACAUCGAAGGAAAUAUGCGGAUCAUUUUAAGCUUUCGUUGAAGCUCGCCGCGAACGGGAACGGCCAUGAUGGCAGGUUGUUGACAGUGUGAACUGUUUAUUGAAGGAUACUUUUACCUUGGAAGGUUGUGUGUAGCGAGAAAAUUUGAUGGUGGAAAUUCUGAAGUGUGCUGCCAAAUCAUAGCCGAAUGCGCAAGCAGUGCCACAAGCACGAGACCAAU